AUUGCAAAUGUAACACACAUUGCAAGCGCCAACGUGAGGAGCCAUGGCUGACCAAGUCUUGCGUAAAAAGAGAAGAAUUUUUAUCCAUUCAGUGGGUGCAGGCACAAUAAAUGCCUUGCUGGAUUGCCUAUUAGAGGAGGAAGUUAUUAGCCAGGAAGACAUGAACAAAGUGAGAGAUGAAAAUGACACUGUCAUGGAUAAGGCUCGAGUCUUGAUUGACCUUGUUACUGGAAAAGGACCCAAAUCUUGCUGCAAAUUUAUCAAGCAUCUCUGCGAAGAAGACCCUCAACUUGCCUCAAAGAUGGGUUUGCACUAAGAGAGAAGAUAGAACUCUGGAGCACUUCAGAGACUUCCCAGAGCUUCUUCCAAGGGAGAAGAUAUUCUCGUGAGAGAAAAAAACAAAACAAAACAAAAGUGCUUUUUUCAAACCUGAUUAAUUUCAUCAAUUUCCAAUAAAUCUUUCAUUCUCUCAUACUACUUGCUUCUUAUUCUUUCUCUCCUCAUACCAACAGAGGAUAAUUCAUCAAUAAUAAUGAAGGUCAUGAUGAUUGUAAUGUAAUUAAGAAAGUCCCUCCCCUUCCCUUCCUUUUUGUUUAGUUCCUUUGCAAUCCUGUAGAGACAUGUACAGCCUACUUUGGUACUUUUAGCACUGAGAGUCUGCUGUGAUGGGAAUAAAAUGAAGUCCCCACUCAGAAUUUUAAA